AACUGGGUUCAUGGGUUUUUAUGUUGUCUAUUUAAACCAACAUUCCCUUCAGAAGUAACUCACUUCCUCACUCUCCUCUUCUACUAAUCUCUCUCUUUCCAAGUCUCUCAUUUACUCCCCUUGACACUUUCAAGAUGAGAGAAGUUAAUCUAAAGCACUUCACAUUUGCACUUCUCGUUACAAUUCUAGUUUGGUCAUCAACUUAUCAAUCUUGCAAUGCAAGAAGAGGCAAACACUGGAGGCAUAGCAGAACUACUUCAGAUUCUCUGUAUAAGAAGAAAUAUAAGAAUCAUGGUAACAGUUACAACCACCAUGGUGGAGGUUAUAAAUCAAAAUCUCCGCCUAAACCUCCUGUUAAAGGAUACACUCCCGUUGUACCACCGCCAAGUUACAAUGAUGAUAAUCCAACCAUCAGCUCUACAACAUUUAAUGUGUUACAGUUUGGUGCUAAGGGAGAUGGGAACACUGACGACACUAAAGCUUUUGAAGCUGCAUGGGUCGCUGCAUGUAAGGUGGAGGCAUCAACGGUUUUAGUGCCACCUAACUAUGUUUUCCUUGUAGGACCCAUCUCAUUCUCGGGCCCAUACUGCCGACAAAACAUCGUUUUUCAGUUAGAUGGGACGAUAAUUGCUCCAACGAGCUGGAAAGCUUGGGGUUCGGGGUUGUUUCAGUGGAUUUUAUUUUCAAAACUGAACGGAAUUAGUGUUCAGGGUAAGGGUAUCAUCGACGGCCGUGGGUCUCUUUGGUGGAAGGAAUCGUCCCAAUUGGACGAAUCAAUAAAUGAUGAAUCAUUACUGGUUGUACCAAUAACCUACACUACUACUGAUAAAAAUAAUUCACAAGCUGUGACAAGCAGUGAUCUCUUUGGAAAAAUGCCAAGCAUCAAACCAACAGCACUGAGAUUCUACGGAAACUUUAAUGCAACAGUUACUGGUAUAACAAUUCAGAACAGCCCGCAGUGCCACCUCAAGUUUGAUAACUGUGUUGGAGUUGAGGUCUUCAAUAUGAAUGUCACAUCUCCUGGUAACAGCCUCAACACCGAUGGAAUCCACCUGCAAAAUUCGAAAGAUGUCGUCAUUCACAGCACAAACCUCGCCUGUGGUGAUGACUGCGUAUCUGUACAAACUGGGUGCUCAAAUAUAUACAUUCAUAAUGUGAACUGUGGACCAGGACAUGGAAUCAGCAUAGGAGGAUUAGGAAAGGAUAAUACCAAAGCCUGUGUCUCGAACAUCACUGUUCGUGACGUUGUUAUGCACAACACGACUAAUGGUGUCAGGAUCAAGACAUGGCAGGGGGGAUCAGGAUCUGUUCAAGGCGUUCUAUUCUCAAAUAUACAAGUUUCUGAAGUUGAGUUUCCUAUUGUAAUUGACCAGUACUAUUGUGACAAGAGAAUAUGCAAGAACCAAACUUCUGCUGUAGCUCUAUCAGGAAUAAAUUAUGAAAAAAUAAGAGGGACAUACACAAUUAAGUCAGUGCAUUUUGCUUGUAGCGACAGCUUACCAUGUGAAGGUGUAACACUAACCAACAUCAAACUUGAGCCUCAGCAAGAACGCUACCGGAUGUUCAACCCUUUCUGUUGGCAGACCUUUGGAGAGCUGAACACUCCCUCUCUCCCUCCAAUCGACUGUUUGCAGAUUGGCAAGCCUUCAAGUAACCGGAUUCAGUCAGAUCAUGAUUCAUGCUGAACAAACCUUUUGAAGAUAUUCUCGUGUAUUUUUAUGUUCGGUUUUGAUUAUUUUGGGCAUUGUGAGGUUGUGAUAUUCCAACCCCUUCACACCCUUAGCUAUUAUAGAAUAUAUAUUGGUUCUGAUAUUAGUAUAUAGGACUUGAUGGUUGAUAUAGUUAAAGUGAUCCCUAUUGUACAAGAGUAUUUCUAGAUAUUGGAUUUGGAUAAUAAGGAAAGUGUUGUUAAA